AUGUUCUUCAUCGUCUUCGUGGUGGUAACUUUCAUCUUGCCUUUUUACGUCAUCUACAAGCCGCCACAUGUCUUGAUCCGAUAUUUCCAACGGAGGUGGCCUGACGUACUGUGGCACGUGCCUAUACCCAGAGCAAAAGGAGGAGAGAAAGUCAUUGCAUUGACCAUUGAUGAUGCGCCGUCAGAAUACACGCGCGAGAUUCUAAAAGUACUAGAGGACUAUGAAGCACAUGCGACAUUUUUCGUUAUCGGUGGGCAGGUGCGUGGAAGAGAAGAUGCACUCCAGCGUCUUGUGAAAAGUGGUAUGGAACUAGGGAACCACGCCAUGCACGACGAGCCGUCUCGUUCUCUGAGCCCUGAGACUCUUUACGCAGAGGUCACUCAGGUAGAAGGGUAUAUCAACGGCACGUACGACGCGGUGGGGAAACCGCAUCCACCGCGCUACUUUAGACCUGGGUCUGGUUUCUUCAGCACGAGGAUGAGGGCGCAGAUCAAGGAGAUGGAGUACCAGAUGGUCUUGGGUA